CUUCUCCUCCCCUCCUCGUUCUGCGUUUCGUUGAGCCCCAUUGCUCGCCGAUAGUCGUAACUUAAAAGAUAAAAAUAUAAGUACAGAGAGAAGGAUUGAGGACAAUUGCGUACGGAAAUAAUGGCGGCAACAAUGAGGUGUCUUAUGAGGUUCAAUGUGGGACUGACAAGCAAUACUCUUCUGAGGAAUAGCUUCCUGAACUCUUGCAGAUUUUUGUAUUCGGACCAAAGCUUGGGUCUGCAAGGCUAUGAAAAUGCACGAUUAAACUUCCGCAAUCAGUUUUUAAAUGUGGAGAACACAUUCCGCAGUAAGAUGGAGGAAGUGUGCAACGCAGACUCGAGUAUGAUUUUCACUGAAGAUCUGAAGUCCAUGUUGCAUCUAGCUCAAAAGAAACCCGAGGACAUUGAACUGCUUGUCAAGAUGCUGACGAAAUUUAACAAUCAAACUAAGGAGAUGAGAUUUGGUACUUUUAUCUUCGGUCCUGUGGUGAUGCGCACCUUCUAUUAUUUGGACGAACCAGAUCUCGCGUACACUGCUUUCAAGGAUCCCAAGUUCGAGAAUUUCUUUGAUCAAUUAGUCAGUUACCAGAUUCUCUUAUCUCUGUUAUAUAAGCAUGGAAAGUACGCUCAAAUGAGAGAGGUGUAUGAUAUAAUCAGGACCAGGCAUAUAGAGGCCGGAUAUGCCAGGAAUUCUUUGAUAUUAGUUAUGGCUGCUUGUUACAAGGAGAACACACCGGAGACGUUGGAGUAUGGCUUAAAAGUCUGGAGAGAAAUUGACGAAAAAGGAUAUAUGAUCAUGCGUAGAGCCACCACAUUUUUAGCAGCUCUAGCCAUUAAGCAAAAUUUGUCUCAUAUAGCUAUAGAAAUUUUAAGUUCGAUAAAAGAAGCCCGAUACAUCCAUAUAAGAUGUUUGAAAAUUGUAGCUUACGCGGAUUUGAAGAGAUUCACCGAGAUAGUGCCCAUACUUAGAGCAUCGUUGGAGCACGACAGGCCGAAUUCUAAAAAAGAAUGUUAUUUUAGAGACGUGAUUGAGAACCUGGAAGAAGCUAUGGCAACGGAGAAUAUCCCUGAGGACUUUGAACUUUACAAGUUGAUUACUUUGUUGAAGAAGGAUGAUCACAUCCUACCCGAGACAUUGGAAAACAGUAUUUGCGCGGAAAUAAAGGUGGAUAGAUCGAAAACAAGGAAAUUUGGCACAAUGGCAGAAUCCAAUUUUUCACAGCGACAGCAAAAUUUUACGCGUAAUAAUAGUAGACCGGCAUUGCGUGAUCUUUUGUAAGUAUGUUUAUAGAAACAUGUCCAUACGGAAGUUGUAGAGUGUGUCUCGAUAUAACCGAUGUGAUUGGAGUUAUCUGAGACAAAUUUAAGAUAAAACCAUUGACUAAAUAUACGAUUUGUUUCGACCGAUGAUGGACGA